AGGGGAACGCGGGUGGACCCCACGGGAGCUCCCCCCCGCCCCAUCACUGGCUGCCCGCCUCAAAGAUGGCCGCCGGGGGCGGGAAACAGGGACCUGGCGGAAGUGGCCGCGGGGCUUCCGCUUCGCCGCUGGCGCGACGCUCUGGGAGCCGGUCUCUACGGGCGCGGCGGACUCCGGGAGUGCCUGCCCUGCCAUGACCAGGUGGGCCCGCCGGCCCGGCGCUCCCGCCGGAAAGGCGCUGGAUGCCACCCCCUGGGAGGAGAUGGCGGGCGGCCCCCCGCGGCGGGGGGGCCGCUCAGGCGCUGCCCCCCCGAGGCAGGAGCGAGAGAGCAAAAAGAAGAAGAAGAAAAAGGAGUAUCUGAACGAGGACGUCAACGGGUUUGCGGCGUACCUGAGGCGGGGAGACGGCGCGGCGCUGGGGGAGGAGGUCGCGGCGGCCUUGAGGAAGGACGAGCGGCGGGAGGGGAGGAGGCUGAAGAGGCGAGAAAAGAAGAAAAACGCCAUGGUAUGUUUCCACUGUAGAGAACCUGGCCACGGUGUUGCUGAUUGCCCUGCAGUACUUGAAAGUCAAGAUAUGGGUACAGGAAUCUGUUACCGGUGCGGAUCCACAGAACAUGACAUCAGCAAAUGCAAAGCAAAAAUAGAUCCAGCAGUUGGGCCAUUUCCAUAUGCAAAAUGUUUCAUCUGUGGUGAGAUGGGUCAUCUGUCAAGGUCAUGUCCAGAUAAUCCCAAGGGAUUGUAUGCCGAAGGUGGCAGCUGCAGACUUUGUGGCUCUGUGGAGCACUUCAGAAAAGACUGUCCAGAAAAACAGAAUGCAGAUCAGGUUACAGUUGGGCGAUGGGCCAUCGGAAUGAGCGCAGAUUACGAAGAAAUUACAGAAGCACCAAAACUGCAAAAACCAAAAGUGAAAGUACCCAAAGUUGUUUCUUUUUGAAGGCUUCUUGGCUCUAAACCACAGUUAGCCUGCACUGCUUCACUCCAGAGUAGUGACUACACAGAGUCGAUUGCUGGUUCCAGAAAAUCAAGCAGACUGCUGCUGCUGAAUUAUUUUUUUUUUUGGUCCCCCCUCGUUUUUCCAGUUUGCCUCCCAGACUCACCCAGAUGACUGAAGAGCUGGGAACAACAUAAAUAUAGCAAGUGGGUGUUUUAUUUUUAUACAUCUGUGCUGAAAUACAGCAUUCCCUCUGAUUCACAGUCCCUCUCACUGCCAGCCCUCUGGAGAGGAAAGUUGGCUUCUUCCUGUAACAGGGAUCUGGUUGCAGUAACCAUGCAGGGCAUGUGCAUUUUAUUGUGGGGGUUCAUGACCACUAGGUUUCGGAGGUCAGUAUUGUCAUGAGUGCUGCUUUCGCUUAUCAGAGAUGAAUAGAAUCAUGCUGAUCAUAGUAAGAGCAUUUUUCUGUUUUUCUGAAAGGGAUUGUGGGUAUUUUCUGAAGAGCCUUGUUGGGUUCUGGCUUGGUUUUGCCUUCUCCUUUCAGAAAGAAUUCUUUUCUUGCUCUGUAUAUGCUACCUUGAUCAGUCCUGUGGCAUAGUUAUCUGGUAAACCCUAUGGCCUGGAGAGCUGGGGGUGCAACACCCAUUGCUCAUGGAGGUCAGGUGAAAUGCGUCCAUGCAUUAACCUGAUGGUUUAUGCAUGUUGGAUUGUUGGAGUAUUUAUUCACUAGAAUAAAUAGAAUUGUGCCCUUCCUGAUACCCAUGGUAAAAUACAUCUGAAAAGAGUUGGAGAGCAAGUGAACUUGCUUGCUUAGUUUCUUCACCUUUUCCAGGGCAAGUGCUCAAAAAUCUUCAGUGUUUCUAUCCCUUGGCGAGUUGGGCGUAAACUUUGCUUUGUAUUACA